GGUGAAAGUGAACCAUCUUCAUGCGACGAUCUUGUCCAAAACCAAACACACUAUUCACAGAAGACUUCUCUAAAUCUUUCACAUGUCUUUCAAACUACUUGUCCUCUUCUCCACAACAGCGCUAGCCACACUCGACGACGGCACAAACCUCGUUACACCCGUUGUUAAAACCGUGACUACUUAUGAGGCCGUCACAGGAUCUCCGGUUACCACAGCUGUAACCAAAACCAUGACUUCAUACAUUGAUCCGAUUGAAUCUUAUCUCGUUUCCGAACUGGAGGCCCUGGAGCCAACAUACCCAAGCAGGGUCGAAUCUGUUCUUGACACUGCCAUCCCGUCAACAUGGGCGGAGAGAAUGUCAAGCGAUCAGUCAUUCUCCAAGUCUGUGGCGGACGCGGCGGCAUCGGGGAUCCUGCCAGUCUGGUACUCUAGUCUGCCAAGCGAUGUGAAAUACGUUAUGACAAGCGAUCAAGCUGUGUACAAAUCCGAGAUCUCUGCUUUACCUUGGCCUCCCGAGACUUUCGUUACCGGUUCCGGGUCGUUCUUAACUUCGACGCCGGUAUCGUCAUCUAUCUCCUCUUCGUCGUCAUCCACGGGGUCAAGUACGUCUGACCCUAGUACUGAAACACAAGCUUCUGAGACGUCUUCCGUGUCUACUGGCGGUGCGCCCGUCCCUACUGGAAACCUUGCCGUGACUAUUGCGGGUGCUGCCGGGGUCCUGGGCCUUGCUCUUGCUCUGUAA